GGCGACAUUUGUAUCAUAAUCCAGGCCCGAACUUUUUAUAGCAUGUUGAUUCAUAUGAUAAACUCAAACCUUAUGGGAUCUGCAUCAAUGGUGCAAUCGACGGGUUUUCACAAAUGGUGAUAUGGCUACAUGCAUGCUCUACAAGUAGUGAUCCCAAGGUCAUCGCUGGAUACUUUAUUGAUGCGGUGUUAUCAAGGAAUGGGACAGCCACCCGAAUUCACUCAGACUUAGGGACAGAGAACUGUUACAUGGAACAGAUGCAGAUGUUCAUGAGACAUGAUCAUACGGAGGACUUUUCGAGAAAUUGCUAUUUGUAUGGCUCAAGCAAUCAUAACCAACGGAUAGAGCAUUGGUGGAGAUUUUUGAGGAAACAGCAUGCACAGUUCUGGAUCAACCUAUUUCAAGAUCUAAAAGAUUCUGACGACUUCUCCGGUGACUUCUUAGACAAAAGUCUAAUACAGUUCACAUGUCUUGAAAUAAUAGAGAGAGAACUGCAGGAUGUUGUUCACCUCUGGAACACACACAGAAUUCGCCCAUCCAGAAAUGCUGUGUCUCCAUGUGGACGUCCAGUGAUGAUGUACACCCUACCCCAACUUUUUGGUGCUAUGGAGUACCUUAAAGAGGCAUCCCAACAGAAGAUACAGGCUUGUAGGGAGGAAUGUCGUGAGAGAGGACCAUAUCCCUGUGAUAAUACAGUGUUUGACAUUUGUUGCCUUGCCAUGGCAGAAAACAGUCUUCAUCCACCAACCUCUCCAGAGGAAGCCAUUGAUCUUUACAUGUUCUUACGUGCUUACAUACGUACCCAAAUGUAAUAAUCACAAGUUGUUCUACUGGAUCAAAUGACUGAAUGUGAGCACCCACUCAUAGCCAAAAAAACAACAGAAUUGCCGUUUGGACGGAAAAGGAUGACAUUCACUGUAAAUGUUUGACAGAAGUACUGUGUUUAAGCAAUCGAUAAUAGACAACUCUUUUAUAAUGGACAUCUCCCAACUGAGCUCCAUAUCAUCUCUUUUUAUUCAUCAUUAUGUAAAAAGUACAUCUCAUCCACAGAACUGGGAACAAUCCUAUACCUGCAAAUGAAAGGUAUCACAUGUUGCCAUUGUCAAAAAUGGCACAUUUGUCCUUAUGGUGGAACUAUUUCGCAUCACCAGAUGUGGUCUGACACACUUUGGGCUCAUUGUAAACAGGGCAACCUACAUGAUGUUUGGAUGGCCUUUAAAUCAAACAUAUUAUUGUAUCUUGUUAUCAUGUGUCUCUGGGCUGCACAUAAAGCACUUUUUUACACAA